AUGGAGAACAAUUUUACGACAGCAUCUACUGUCUCCAUCAGUGAGAGCGGCCUGAUAUGGCAGCGGCUGUCUCAGCUUCAACAAGCCUCAUGGGCUUUGAUCAUAUUCACCACAUGUGUCGCUGUGCUUCUCCCUGCCGUUAUUACCGGCGUCUAUAGAUUAUAUUUCCACCCUCUACGAAACGUUCCAGGACCCAAACUCGCAGCCUUGACGAACUUUUAUGCAUUCUACUGGAACUGGAUACGAGAUGAAGGAUACUCCAGGCGCUUCAGCGCUUUACACAAGUAUUACAAUUCUCCCAUCAUUCGCAUUGGCCCAAACUCUGUGCACACAAACCAGCCGGAUGAUUUUGAUGUAAUAUUCAAAGUUGGGUCGAAAUGGAAAAAGGACAACUCAUUUUACAAGUACUUUAAUGGUUUGGACGCCAUGAUUGAUCCAGCGCAGUACCGUACCUAUCGCUCGCAUCUGGCGCCAUUAUAUGCACAACGAGCAGUCAAUGACUUGGCACCAAAGCUUCACAAAGACCUGCUGUCAUCUGCUGCGAAAAUGGAGAAGAGCAUGAAAACUAGCGAGGCGGUGAACAUGGUAAAGGUCUUGCGAACAUUGAGCACUUCUAUGAUUCUCCACAAUCUGUAUUCCCAUGACAUCUCGCUCAUCGAAUAUGACGGAUACCAUCCUUUUCUGGAAGCAUUUGAGCAGCUCAUGACCCAAAGUUGGCUGUGGUUCAUCCCGGGGACUAGUUUCGCAAAGUUCAACUCCUCAUACACGACUUUUAUGAAGUAUUGUAAAGGCUGGAACGACGAAGAUAUGCGCAUACAACGGUUGACGGAGAACCAGGAAUUGCGCGAUUCCCAUAUGAAGCGUUACCUUGCAAUGAAUAGCAAUGAUUGGGCAAAGGACAACGUUGUGCCGAAUCCUUUGAAUGACAUUUUUAAUUUUGUUGCAGGCGGUAGCGACACGACUUCAUAUACGCUCGCUUGUGCAUUCUUCUACAUCCUCUCGUCGCCAGAGAUUUACGCCAAGCUCGUCAAAGAGUUGGAUGAAAAUGUCGCAUUUAUACGGGAUACAUUUGAUUACAACAAGAUUCAAAACCUUUCAUAUCUGAACGCCGUCAUUAAGGAGACUCUUCGUAUUUCUGUCCCAGUUCCAGGUUGUUUGCCCCGAAUUGUGCCUGAGAGUGGCACGACUCUAGGUUCUGUUUACCUUCCUGCUGGUACGGCUGUUUCCAUUUCUCAGCAAUCCAUCAGCUUUCACGAGACAAUUUUUCCCUCUCCAGAAAAGUUUAUUCCCGAGAGAUGGCUUGGAAAUGAAGCGCAGCGACUAGACAAGUGGAAUGUUGCCUUUAGCAGAGGUCCUCGCCAAUGUAUUGGUACAAGUCUGGCGUAUCUCGAGCUGCGCUGUGUUCUCGCUUAUUUCCUUUCUCGCUUUGAAAUGGCGCUGACAGGCAACUGCGGUGAUCGCCUUCGCUGGGUUGAUCGCUUCGUCGCCGUGAACCUUGAUGAUGUCGAGGUCAAGUUACUUCGAGAUCGGUGGAACUAA